UCAUCGGUAUCCAUCAUCAGUCACUUCAUAGCAUCCGAUCAACCUCAUCAAGAGUAACACACAAAAAACCAAAUCGUCGGUCCGAGAUGUACAAGUUCAUCGUAGUCGUUGCUUGUUUGGCUGCUUUGGCCGCCGCUCUGCCGUACAAGCCCGCCCCUGAGCCACACCACAAACCGAAGGAAGCUCAUCACCACCCACAGUAUAAGUUCGAGUAUGGCGUUAAGGAUGGCCACACCGGCGACCACAAGACCCAGUGGGAACACCGCGACGGAGACCACGUGAAGGGACAGUACACUCUGGAAGAAGCCGACGGUGGCCACCGUGUGGUUGAGUAUGAAUCCGAUGCCCACGGAGGAAUCCAGAUUCAGGUUAAGAAAGUGGGCGGCCAUGGUCCGGCUCCGAAGGUUCACGAACCGUUGCCAGUUGUGCCGGUUAAGACGGGAAAGACCACCCACCAUCAUGGUGGAGAGAGCUACGCCAACCUGAAGAAGCACCGCCAUUGAGUCUUGGUACCGAAGUGUGACUGAACUUCCUGGAAGGAAUCGUUGAUCGUUUCCUGUAUGGAAGAAUGUUUUUAAAAUGUGAUAGUUAAUUUAAAGCAAAAAAUAAAACACUUAAAUGAAAAUAUUUUAUAUAAAAA